AACGAGUGACAGGAAUGGUGAACGGCGGAGUGAAAAACCGAACGUUUCCGAUGAUCGCCGAGCGAUGUGCGUGGCUGACUUUAGGGUAUAUUUAUAUGUUCUGUGGACUCUGUGUUGGUGAUGGUGACAGCGAGUGAUGGAUUCAGAUGGAUUCUAUUGCAUUUUGAUGAAUUGAGUAUUUACACCUUUUAAGUACUUGAAAACUGGAGUUUCGUAACUGUGUUCUAGUUGUGAGCUUUAUUUUUGGUUAUUGCGGCCGUGUUAUAAACAAAAAAAAUAAUGGACCCGAUUGUUUUCGUAUUGUUAUUAAACUUUGUUUUCGGCUCUUUCCAUUUGUGUAAUGGGGAGGAAGUUAAGAAGGUACGCAACAAAUUGCCGACGGUGGGAAUAUCAGUGCUUGUUCGAAAUAAAGCCCAUACUUUGCCGUACUUUUUAAGUUGUAUAAAUAACUUAGAUUAUCCUAAGAAGCGUUUAUACUUGUGGAUUUAUAGUGACUUCAAUGAAGACAAAAGUGUUGAGAUAAUACAAAAAUGGGCUGACAAGUAUUCAUCUCAGUACAACGGCGUAUAUAUCACAACAAACAGUUCGAGAGUCAGACACACUGAUGAAAAGAGCUCGGUACAAUGGAGUCCCGAGCAUUUCAAGCAUGUCAUAAGGUUGAGAGAAGAAGCCCUGCAAUUUGCUAGGAAAAUGUGGGCAGAUUAUAUGUUUAUGAUUGAUGCUGAUGUGUUCCUAACAAAUCCUUCAACUCUCAAAGAACUUGUGAAGAAAGAUCUUCCCAUAGCUGCUCCCAUGCUUGUAUCAGAUGGAUUGUACUCAAACUUUUGGUGUGGUAUGACAGAUAAUUAUUAUUACCAGAGAACAGAUGACUAUAAGCCUAUUCAGAGGAUGGAAAAGCAAGGCUGCUUCGAAGUUCCGAUGGUGCAUACAGCUGUGCUAGUGUCUCUUAGAACCGCUGUUUCUGAUCGGCUCACAUAUAGCCCGGAUAAAAUACCUUAUUAUGAUGGACCUCAAGAUGAUAUUAUAGCCUUUGCAGUGAAUGCUAAAAAAUUUGAGGUAUCCCUGCACAUUUGCAACGAUGACUUGUAUGGGUUCGCUCCAGUGCCAUUAGAAGACAACCGUGAACUAAAGGAUGAUUACGAACAGUUAUUGAAUAUCAAAACCGAGGCUAUAGGUCGCGGUAGUCCCUUACCUUUAGACCAACAUCUACAGGAGUAUGUGAAGUACCCCAAGCCUUGGAAGUUUGGCUGCAGUCAGAUCUAUAUGAUAAACCUGGAAAGACGGACCGAGAGGAGAGAACUUAUGGAGAUGAAUUUCAAGGAGUUAGGAAUGGAUGUCAAGCAUUUCAAAGCUGUUGAUGGAAGAGACUUGGAUAUGAACAACCUAAAGCAGUUAUCUAUUACUUUGAUGCCAAACUAUGAAGAUCCUUAUCAUAAAAGACCAAUGAAGGCGGGGGAAGUGGGCUGCUUUUUGAGUCAUUACUAUAUUUGGAAAGAGAUAGUUGAGAAAAAGUACGCGAUCACGCUGGUGUUAGAGGACGACAUCCACUUCGUGCCGUACUUCCGGGACCGGUUCCUGAGGCUCAUGCGGGAGAUGGAACAGCUAGACUGGGACUUAGUCUACAUCGGGCGUAAAAUACUUUUGGACGACGAGGAACAAUACGCGACUCAGCAUAUGACCAAGCCUCUCUACUCUUACUGGACUCUGGGCUACUUGUUGAGCGAGAAGGGAGCUCGGAAACUUCUAGAAGCACGACCGCUGGACCGCAUGCUGCCAGUCGAUGAGUUCCUGCCCAUCAUGUUCAACCAGCAUCCCAAUGAUACAUGGAAGGCCCAUUUCCAGAACCGCAACUUGGAGGCUUACUCAGCAGCACCACUGUUGGUACAUCCCACACACUACACUGGACAAGAAGGUUAUAUAAGCGACACUGAAGACUCGGACCUCGUUACUGAAAACUUUAAGAAUGAACUCUGAAUGUUAGUAAUCUUGCAAUAAUAUUAUUGUAAUACAACUAAAUAUAUUGAAAGGUUUAAUGGCAUUAAUGGCCAGUUUGUUUGAAGAAAAACUAAAGAUGGCGUGUUAAGCAUCCUGUUAAGUCUAUUAUAUAAUACAAUACUUUUUGAGGUUUCGCGAAAAGGUCUAUGUCAUUUAUCGGGCUCUAAACUAUCUGUGUACCCAUAUAAAAAGUUUUGUAAUCUUGGUGUAAAAACCGGACAUACAGACAGACUGGGUCUCUUCUGCAUUUAUAAUAUUAGUAAGGAUUUCUACUGAUUUCAGACUGGUAUGCAGAACGAAUAGAAUGUAUAUGUACGCGAAAGUUGUCGAAUUCAGGCCUAAAACAAUAUAUUUUAUUGUAUUACCACAACGAUAAGUAAGCGACAAUGCGACUGUUGUAUGUAAUUGAGUAUGUCGGUUAUAGAUCUAAGCAUAAUUUGAAAUGUGUACCAAAGUUAGACUCGCGUUUAAACCUGGAACUUUUUAAAGACAUUAUUUGUACACCCAUGCUAUACUUUUUAUAUACAUAUGUAGGUAUAUAUAAGUUCCGAAUAUUAUUUAAAUAAGUUUGUCUGCUACAUAAUACGUUCGAGACUAUAUACCGAUUCCAGGCGAAAAUGCGGGUCAAAAUAUUCCUAUUAAUUUUUAGUUGCAAAGAGGUUAUUAUAUGGAGUCGACAAUAUGAGAGCGAUAUUUUCUACUUUCAUUAUUGCCUAGCAAUGUUUAUCUUAGUUCCUAUGAGUUAUGUAGGCCGAUAGCGUUUCAUAUUGUAUUGUUUAGUUUGUAAAUCAAGUCAUUUCUGUGCCAUUUACAGAAAAAAAUUACAAGAUGACAUUAUAAAAAUCUUGCAGUCAUUGUCUUCUCCACAUUAUAUUUUGGGCAUGUUAGUGUUUAGGUAAUUGUAAGUAAUAUUGUUCAGCAAGUGGGUUCUAUUCAAGGGCAGUGUGUUUUUUAAAUUCAUAUCAGAUCCGUGACCUACUUUCUGUAAAAAAAUAUUUUCAUAAUAAUACCUACGCCAUUUUCUAUAAUAAGUUGAACUAAUCAACAAAAAAUGUUAUAAGUAUAGCAUCUUUAUAGCUAAUUUUAUUAUAGUUUACACAAUAACCAAAUCGUUUUCAAGCUGUCAAUAAAUGAGCAUGAUAUCCCUACAUAGCACUUAAACAAUUUCUGUUAUGUUUAUAAACAUUAAAUACAUUCUUAUAUUUGCUUGCGGAUAACCCGAAAUGUAAAAGCAACGUUCCCUCUACUUUCACGCGGUAAUCGCAUGUUGUUCUCGUGUGGCAUGCAUACGUCAGAUAGUAUCGUCCGGCGUCGGCGUCGACGGACAUACAUUAAUGUGGAAAGUGCGUCCGUCACGGCUCCUAUCUCGCGAAUCGCGACUAUUAGCUCAUCUAUAACAUAGCUGCCAGAUGUCAACGAACACGCAUACGUAUCUGUCACGCACGCUUAAGUAAGAUUCAGACCGAUCGGGUAUGCCGCAUCCCAUUUGAAAUACGUAAUUAAAAUUCGAACUAUAUACUUACAAACCUAAAAUUACCUUUUGAUACUAAAAUUGUACAAACUAAAAUAAAAACAUGUAACAUAUGUUCAUGUACAUAAAUUCACAUUUGGAUACAAUUAGCCUCUCCGAACGACUCCGAUUGGCGGCUAAAACACGAUCCGACGCGGCCAGUCAUUCUGUCUGAAACUUCCUUUAAACACAUCUAUAAUUCACUGUACCAGCUCUUCUUGAGUAAUUGACGAUGAUGUACGUCAAUAAUACUUAGUAUAAUUAUACUUGGCUAUGAGUUUCGACUGAAGCUAUUUUAUGACAUGAACGGCAGAGAAUUUUUUCUAUUGUUCUGCUAGAUUUAGAAUUUUAUGAUGUGAGCGACGUCCAUUUGUGCCAAACUCGUGUAGUAGGGCCGUGUUAUACUGGGGAGUAGGAGCGAUGCGAAGGGCUGCGGGACCAGUUUCGAACCAAAACACAACGAAAAAGUUUUUAAUGCGAUUCACUAAAACAAAACGUUCAAUUCGAUAAAAAGGAUGUAUUGGUAAAGAGCUUUUCUUAAUUACCUUUCCUGUUGUGGUUGGUCUUAUUUUGUACUAAAAUAUUCAUUGUACAUUGAAAGUUAUUUACAUUAUGACCGCCUCUGUACUAAUGGUAUAAGUACCUAUAUGUUUAUACUAUGUUGAAUCUCAUGUAAUUUAGCGACUGCUGAGCGAUUUACAAGUCAUUGUUAGCCUUACAUUUUUGGCUCGCAUCUACGUGCCAUUCGAAGUGGACAGCACCAUAUAUAACACUGUAUCGCCUUGUAUAGACGUGCCUCGCAGUUUCACUCGCCCUUGGCCCGCCUCAUCGGCGCUUGUCUCACUUCUCCGUAUCGCAUAGCGUUGGCGCAUUUGGUUUAUAUUAUAUCACUGUUGAGCCCUUUAGUGUCAUAUUUUUAUAUCCGAUAGAUGUAUUAAGCUUCCCACAUAUAUGUGUAAUCGUAUGUCGUGUGUAUUAUAUUUGAUAGAAAACAUUCCUCGUAUAUUAUGGAUUCUUGAAGAUCACAGAGAAAGGCAUUGGGUCACUAUUAUGUCUAUUUCUGGAUAACAAAGAUUAAGUGAUUAUUUCUGUGUAAUAGAUAACAGUAACACGCAUUUAUUAGAUAGCAGUUUUUUUAUGUAUUGGUACAUUGUAUUAGGCUUAUUUGGAUUCCAUCAUUAUUAUAGCUAUGGUUUGCUUAUGAUUUUGAUAGUGCAAAGUUAACUCAUGUAUUAACCUAUGUAAGAACACAGCGCCCGUACCCGACGGAGUUCCUGGUCGAGCUCUCGUCCUGGCCCUGAAGGAGCUGGAACCCCAGCUGGGCGGGCUCUUCACGGCAUGUCUCGUGCAGGGUCAGUUUCCCAAUGUGUGGAAGGAGGGGAGGCUGGUGCUGCUCAGGAAGGAGGGGUGCCCCGCGGACUCGCCGUCCGCGUAUCGGCCCAUAGUGCUGCUCGACGAGGCGGGAAAACUCUUUGAGCGCAUCAUAGCAGAUCGCCUCGUCAGCCACUUGUGCAGAGAGGUACUGGACGACAACCAAUUCGGUUUUCGUCUUGGGCGCUCCACCAUAGACUCCAUCAUGCGCGUGAGGGUCCUGACGGAGGAGACGGUGUCCCGGGGUGGGGUGGUGCUGGCAGGCCGCAGGUGGUGAACCGCAUCCGGAGCCAGGGCCGCGAGGUGGCCCUAAACAAGUCGGAGGCCAUCGUGUUUCAUGGUCUCCGACGUGCGCCGCCGCCGGAAUCGCACAUCUUGGUCAGCGGGGCCUGGAUGCCUGUCGGGCCCACCAUGAAGUACCUGGGCUGCUCGACAGCCGAUGAGAAUUCGAGCCCUUCGAUCUAGAGGCGAAAGUACUCGCGUCAUUAUAUCGAUGGCGCAACCAAGAGCGGCCACGGGACUCGAGGCCGGUGCAGCGGCAGAUCGUGCUGCGCCGAGAACUCCGUCGGGUCCUGGUGGCGGAAUGGUGGCAAAGGCUGCUCCCUGUCAUUCAUGGUGAUGCAGGGGCUGUCGGGGCAUGGGUGCACCGGGCGCAGGAGAAGCUUAACGCUCUACCCCUCCGCCUCUCCCCAGGCGGAGGAAGUCCAUGAGGAUUCCCUCCCCCCCUCCCCCGAAUGUACCUAUAAGUGUAUCUACAUAAAAUAAGUCUAGAUAGAGUUUUGUUUAAAUAAAAUAAAUAAUUGUAAGUACUUUUAAAAAAUUAAUAUAUUUUUUUGAACGUGCCAAUAAUAA